AUGGUUGAGUUUGAUCGAUGGUCAGAUAUUCAUCAAGAUUUGUUUAACGAAAUUACUAAGCGGUUCUAUUCAUAUGACAAUUACAUUCAACUUCGAUUAGUUUGUAAGCAAUGGAACUUGAAACUUCCAAAGAUUCCUGAUGGCAACAAAGUUCCGUGGUUGGUACUAUCUACUGGCAGUGCUGCUAAAGAAUCCUUAGAAGAAGAAGUUCGUGCUUCCGAGGAUGAAGGAAUUCUUGACGCUCGUAGUCUCGAAGAGAAGGGGAUUUACCACCUCAUGUUACCAGAUAUGCAAGACAACAUCAUGUGUGGUUCUUAUCAUGGAUGGUUGAUCAUUGUAAUGGUAUAUGAAGGUACUGUAAGAAUCCUAAAUCCAUUUACAAAGGUUCACUUGGAUCUUCCUUCAGUUUCAACUCUUCCAAAUGUAAUUAAUAUCAAUGGGGAUGAAUGUACUUUGGGUUACAAGGGCCUCAUUAUCACUGAAAAAACCAUUUUUGUGCAUCAAGAACAAAUUUGGAAGGCUAUUAUAAAUUCAGCUCCUACCAAUGACAGUGACAGUGAUUUUACAGCAGUGAUCAUAUAUGGAUUACUCCUAGAAUUGGCCUUUUACAUGCCCAAGGAUAAGAGAUGGAUUAGAUUUCCAACAAGAGAUCUAGUCGACGUUCAUGAUGUCAUAUUUUUUGAAGAGAAAAUAUUUGCAGUAAACUGUCAUGGCCAACUAUAUGAAUUUGAUACAAGAACAAAGUCAGGACCAGUGGGAGGAAAACAUGAAGCCACACCACCUCCAUCCAAUGUAGGAAUGCUUAAUUGUUAUUACUAUUUAAUUGGAGGUGAUAAUGGAAGUUUAUUGAUGCUGGUAAAAGGGGCAAGAUAUAGGUAUUACAUGAAGAAUCAAAAGCGGUUCUGCGAGUGCGAGACUGUUAAAUUUGAUAUCUAUGAAUUGAGGAAAAAUGAGAAAACAUGGUCAAGAAUACAGAGUUUGGGGAAUUACAUACUAGUAAUUGGACUCAAUUCUUCUGUUAAAAUACUGCCAAACAAUUUUUUGAAUUGCAAAGGAAAUCAAAUCUACUUUACAUAUGACAUGCAUGACAUGCGUGAAGUGUGCUUUGAAAUUGAAAACAUUACUCCCCGUUCUCAGAUUGGCGUCUUCGAUUUGGAAGAUGGGAGUUUCCAAACAUUUUUAACAGAUGUGGACUUUUUUGGUCGUCCUAUUUGGAUAUUACCCGAGUAUAGGUUUUUGUCGUCCUAA